GUGUCUUAAUCAGCACAUAGGGGCAAGUUCAAACUCCUGGGCCAAUACCGAGCCUGAAGCCUGGUCUCCUUUCCGAUUUGAACAGCUACGAUCGGCAGCUGGGAUCUCUAAACAUCUCUGUCCGAGAGGGAAACACGGAGAGGGAGACGUGAGAGCAAGGACGUGAGCGGAAGGGAGGCAAAAAUCAGAGAAAACCUAAGCUGGACACACUGAUAACGCUGUUUUUGGGCGUGCGUAAAGGCGCGAGGCGAAGUUGCAUUUACAGGAUACAUGUAAACACAGAUGCCCCCCUUUUUUGUUUCCCAGACUGGACAUGUUUCCGCUGCUGGAGAGCGACGUUUAGACAGUUGUGAAAAGAGAUUGAACCAAGGGUUGUAGAGAGUCUGGUCUGUUAUCCCUUUCUCUUUAUCUUUCGCUUUUGGGACUGAGUGGAAGUCCUUGUUUUUGACGCUUAGAGUACUGAGGAAACGAUAAAUGCAAAUGCGAAUGGUGACUCCGUGCUUUUAUUCAUCGUCUACAGAGACUUGAAAAGCCGCUUUCCCCACAUUGCACAGCAGCCCGUGGUGUUUGGUUCACUGAAAUGUGAAACACUAGUGAAGUCGAUACAUGACAAACUGCUGUAUCCAGCUGGUUUGUUUGUCUCUGUUGUAAACAUUUUACGCUCUUUGGAUUAUAUGUGUUGAGUAGGAAACUUUUUAAGAAUGAAGAGGAGAAAAUUCACGUAGCUCGUCUCCGUUUUCUGCUUACAUCGUCGCUGUGUGCCGAAGUGGAUCCCUGUUAUUAUUUUAGUCAUUUCCGAGCCUUCACGUUGAGGAGACAGGGGAGCUGACAUGCGCCUGGACAUGGGGAUAUAGUGCGCUGCCCUACUGCGAAUAAUACAAAGUUGCGAAAUUGCCUGAUUUGCGUACAUAGUGAAUAAUCAAGAUACCCGGAGCCGGUGGGAAAUCAACCAUAGUGCCUGCUCGUGCGCCGUGAAACAACGCUUUUCUGCUCGCACUGAGCCAGUUCGAGAACCAGGUUAUUUUGCGAGGAGAGACUUCGGAGCAAGAUAUGGAGGAGUGGAGACAAUGCGGACGGUGGUUGAUAGACUGCAAGGUCCUGCCCCCGAACCACCGGGUUGUGUGGCCCUCGUCGGCCGUCUUCGACUUGGCACAGGCCCUGCGUGAUGGGGUGUUGUUGUGCCAGAUGUUGCACAAUCUCUCCCCGGGAUCAGUGGACCUGAAGGAGAUCAAUUUCAGACCCCAGAUGUCACAGUUCCUGUGUUUGAAGAACAUCCGGACUUUUCUGAAGGUGUGUCACGACAAGUUUGGGCUCCGUAACAGUGAACUCUUUGACCCUUUCGACCUCUUUGAUGUCAGAGACUUUGGCAAGGUAAUCUCCGCUCUGUCGAGGAUCUCCCACCACAGCAUUGCACAAAUCAAAGGCAUCAGACCUUUUCCAUCGGAGGAUACUGCUGAGAAUGAGGAUGAUGUGUACCGGAGCCUGGAGGAGUUGGCAGAUGAACAUGACUUGGGUGAGGAUGACAUCUAUGACUGUGUGCCAUGCGAGGAUGAUGGGGAUGACAUCUAUGAGGACAUCAUUAAAGUGGAAGUACGACAACCCAUGAUCAGAUACAUGCAGAAAAUGGGUAUGACAGAAGAUGACAAGAGAAACUGCUGCUUAGUGGAGAUCCAGGAAACUGAAGCAAAGUACUACAAGACUUUAGAGGACAUUGAGAAGAAUUACAUGAUCCCACUGAGGCAAGUCUUGAGUCCACAGGACAUGGAGGCUAUCUUUGUAAACCUGGAGGAUGUGAUCAAAGUCCACUUUGCUCUCUUGCGAGCCAUUGAAAUGAACAUGGUCAGUGGAGGAAGCGGCCUGGGGAAGAUAUUUCUCGACUUCAAAGAAAGGUUGCUGAUCUAUGGUCAGUACUGCAGCCACAUGGAGAAUGCCCAGAAGAAACUGGACGAGCUAAUAGCCACACGGGAAGAUGUCAGGAUUAAAGUAGAGGAAUGUACAAUGAAAGUGCAAGAAGGAAAGUUCAAGCUCCAAGAUCUUUUGGUAGUUCCCAUGCAGAGGGUGCUGAAGUAUCACCUCCUACUAAAGGAACUUUUGAGUCACUCAACUGACCGACCGGAGAGACAACAACUGAAGGAGGCUCUGGAGGCUAUGCAGGACCUGGCCAUGUACAUCAAUGAAGUCAAGAGAGACAAUGAGACACUGAAAAAAAUCAGCGAAUUCCAAAGUUCAAUAGAAAAUCUUCAGCAGGUGAAGCUGGAGGAGUACGGGAGGCCAAAGAUAGAUGGAGAACUGAAGGUGUGCUCCUCUAUGAACCGAACAAAACAGGACCGGUAUAUAUUCCUCUUUGAUAAAGUGGUCAUUGUCUGCAAGAGGAAAGGCUAUAGCUAUGAGCUCAAAGAGAUUAUUGAGCUGCAAAAUCAUAAAAUGUCGGAUGACCCGACGAACAACAGAGACAUGAAAAAGUCCUGUGGAAAAAUGUGGUCUUAUGGUUUCUACCUGAUCCAUCUGCAAGGGAAGCAGGGCUUCCAGUUCUUUUGCAAAACUGAGGAAACAAAGAGGAAGUGGAUGGAGCAAUUUGAUAUGGCCAUGUCCAACAUCAAGCCAGAGAGAGCCACAGCUAAUCAGCACAACUUUGAAAUGCACACAUUUGAUAAGAAUACCAACUGUCGAGCCUGCAAGAUGCUCUUGAGGGGCAUCUUCUAUCAGGGCUACUACUGCUCUCGCUGUGGAACAGGAGCUCACAAAGAGUGUCUAGAAGUGAUCACCAUUUGUAAAAUAAAUCCUCUUGACUUGGAGCCUGGAAUAUCACCUGGUCCUAAGAUGGUGGCAGUGAAGAACUACCAUGGCACACCGGUGCCUCCGGGGAAGACACCUCUCUGUUUCCAAACAGGAGAUUUUAUCGAGCUUCUGAAGGGAGACCCGGAUAUCACAUGGUGGGAGGGAAAGCUGAUACAGACACAAAAGAGCGGCUUUUUCCCCAGUUCCUAUGUAAAGCCUUGUUUGGACCCAAAGCCCUUCCAGUCAUGCCGGUCGUCCUCAAGGGAUGCAGACUACUAUGGAUAUCCUUGGUUUGCAGGAAACAUGGAGCGGCAGCAGGCAGACAACCUUUUAAAAUCCCACUGCAGUGGGACCUACCUUAUCAGAGAGAGGACGGCUGAGGCGGAGAGGUUCGCCAUCAGCAUCAAAUUCAACGAUGAAGUAAAGCACAUCAAAGUCAUUGAAAAAGACAGCUGGAUACACAUCACAGAGGCAAAGAAGUUUGAAAGUCUGUUGGAGCUUGUGGAGUACUAUCAGUCUCAUUCGCUGAAAGAAAGCUUCAAGUUGUUAGAUACCACACUGAGAUACCCCUACAAGUCGAGAGAACGCUCGCUUACGCGGGCCAACACACGCUCACCAGCUAUUAUAAAGCAGACGGUUGGCCCUUUGGAGGGAGUAGUAGCAGCCACCUGUGCAUCCUACAACUUCUCCUUCCUCAGUCCACAGGGCCUCAACUUCUCCUCCUCUCAGAGCCAAGCCCCCUUUUGGUCAGUGUUUACACCUCGAGUGGUCAGCACAGCAGUGGCCAGGUAUAACUUUGCAGCGCGAGACAUGAGAGAGCUGUCACUGCGAGAAGGCGACAUUGUCAAAAUCUACAGCAAGAUCGGUGGAGACCAGGGCUGGUGGAAAGGAGAAGCCAAUGGAAGAAUUGGAUGGUUUCCUUCAACUUAUGUGGAUGAAGAAGGAGUGCAGUAAGGCUCAGAUGUUGCUGGUCUGGCUCCCUUUAAAUCAGGAACCAUCUUCUAUCUACUGUUCUCAGAGAAAAUUACUCAGUCUCUCCAGGAAAAUAACACAAGGGGAAAAAAAAAAAAAAAACCCAA